UGUAGUGAGGCUCUGAAUUCCGCCCCCAGCUGCUCGUGGAAACGGCAUCAGUUCAGCGCGCGUUCGGGGGGGAAUUUCAAGCGCGGCGACGCGGGCGGUGUUUACCGGCGGCUGCCGCAUCUCUUUCCUUUCCUCCGUCACGGCGCGCAGCUCGGCUUGGCUCGGCUCGGUUCAGCGCUGCGGUAGGGUGUCCGAGGCGCGCUGGCGCCGAGCGAGCAGCGGAACCCCGAGCCAGGGUGCGGGGGGCUCACCUCCCACUGGAGAUCUCUCCCGAGAGCAGCGGCGCCAUUUUGCGUGGUGAUCACAGAUUUUCCUCUUCAAGAUACUGCUUCCAUCAUUGAAUCAGUGGAUUUAAUUUGGCUUUUUCUGACACUGAUCAACAGAGGAAAACUUCUUUUGUGUCAAAGUGAAAACAGAUCUCUACAAAGUGAUCUAAAUUAAUAACAGUUGACCAAUUAUGACGACCGAAGCUGGAUCUACAGAUCAGGUAAAGGAAGAGUCAAAAGAAAUGGAACAGGGUGAUUCUGAAGCAUCAAAUCCUGACAAGUCUGCCAGUUUAAAUCAGGAACCAGAGAAAGAAAUCCAGGAAGAUAAGCAGUCUGAAUCCACAACACAACCCCAGGAAGAACAGGAGUCAAGUCCUUCAGCUUCAAGUGCAAGUAUGCAGGCCACUCCUAGCAGUGACAAAAAGGAUCAAUUGGGUGGUAAAGGAUUGUCCCGUUUUUUGCCUGGAUGGUUAAAAAAGCAAAAACCACUUUCCCAAGUGGAAACUACAGAAGGGAAGGAAGCCGAUGAAGGCAUUCAAGCUGAUGACAGAAGUUUAGAAAAUGAACAACCAGAGUUAAUGAAGACUGCAUUAGAAAAUGAAGUAGUGAAAGGAAUGGAAGAAAAGCAGAGCCAUACAGGUGAAAUAAAGGAGCAGCAGUCUUUGAGUAGUGCGGAACUGCAGCCAGAUGAGGAGAAAAAACUUGAACAAGCUUUGGAUAAGGAUGCAGAUGUGAACAUUGAAGAGGUGGUACCAGAUGACAAAAAAGAUGAAAGUAGCAAAGAUGAGAUUCAGAAAGAUGAAGAUGUAAGCAAAAAAUCCCCCCUGAAAAUUCCCAGAAAGAUUAAGAUGGUACAGAGCAAGGUCUUUAUGCUGGAUGGUUCAGAGUUUACUUAUGAAAUUGAGAAACGUUCAAGAGGACAAAUAAUGUUGGACAGGGUGUGUGAACAAAUAAAUUUAUUAGAAAAAGAUUACUUUGGUCUCACUUUUCUGGAUACUGCUGGUGAAAAGAAUUGGUUGGACCCUGUCAAGGAAAUAAAGAAACAAAUUCGAAGUUGUCCUUGGCACUUUUACUUUAAUGUAAAAUUCUACCCUCCUGAUCCUUCACAGCUAACUGAAGACAUCACAAGAUAUUAUUUGUGCCUUCAACUCCGGCAGGAUAUCAUAUCUGGUCGUUUGCCAUGUUCGUUUGUAACUCAUGCCCUUCUCGGUUCUUAUACAUUGCAAGCGGAACUUGGGGAUUAUGAUGCUGAAGAACACAAAGCAGGUUAUGUCGCAGAAUUACAGUUUGCUCCAAACCAGUCAAAAGAAUUGGAAGAGAAGAUCUCUGAACUGCAUAAAACACACAGGGGUUUAACUCCAGCCCAGGCUGAUGCUCAAUUUCUGGAAAAUGCCAAGAUGCUUUCCAUGUAUGGUGUAGAUUUGCACCAUGCUAAGGAUUCAGAAGGAGUGGAUAUUAUGUUGGGUGUAUGUGCAAAUGGACUGCUCAUCUACAAGGAUCGUCUCAGAAUUAAUCGAUUUGCUUGGCCAAAAAUCCUUAAGAUUUCUUACAAACGAAGCAACUUCUAUAUUAAAAUUCGACCUGGGGAAAUAGAUCAGUUUGAAAGUACUAUUGGUUUCAAGUUGCCUAAUCACAGAGCAGCAAAGCGAUUGUGGAAAGUUUGUGUGGAGCAUCAUACUUUUUUCAGGUUGCUGUCUCCCGAGCAAACCCAAAAAAGCAAGUUCUUGACUUUAGGUUCCAAGUUCCGCUACAGUGGGCGCACCCAGGCUCAAACGCGGGAGGCAAGCAUUCUUAUUGACAGACCUGCACCGUAUUUUGAACGUACUUCAAGUAAAAGAAUGUCUAGAAGCCUUGAUGGAGCUCCAGUAGGUGGCAUUAAUGAAGUGGGUCUCCAGCAGGAAUCGUCAUGUCUAGAUUCAACAGCAGAGGACACUGCAACAUCAGCUGCUGUCGAUAAAACAGAAGCAGAUAAAGAGUUGGCACUAAAAGAUGUAACCACUGAUUUGAAAGCUUCACAGCUGCAAGUAUCUGUGGAAGCAAAGACAGAACAGGAUGAAACUGCACCUCAACAGCUAAAGAAUAAGUCAUUGAGCAUAGGAGGAGAAAAUAUUUAUAUCAGACAUAGCAAUUUAAUGUUGGAGGACCUUGAUAAAACCCAGGAGGAUCUAUUGAAACAUCAAGCUAGCAUUAGUGAGCUAAAACGCAAUUUCAUGGAAUCCACACCUGAACCACGUCCAAAUGAAUGGGAAAAUCGGUUGACUAAACCCUUAUCACUCCAAACAGAAGGGAGCUUAGAAGAGGAGAUAACAUCGCUCUUAUUUAGUAAAGAAAGCUUCUCAACUGGCUUGGUGGCCUCAUCUACUAUUUCUCAGGCAUCAGAGGAUGCUGGGUUGAAAGAAAAAGAUGCUGCUGAAUCUGUUUCUCACAUACACGCCAAGCAGCUGUCUGAGACCUCAGAUGAGAAACAAAAAUCCGAGAUGGAGGAGCAGGCAGAGGUUGUAGUAGAAGAAGCAGUAGUGAUUGAAGAGGUAAAGAGUGCACCCAGCCAUUCAAAAGUAAAACUUGAAAGCUCUGUUGAAAACAGGACAAUUUUGCCCCUUGUUGAAUUGGCAGCAAAAGAGAGUAAUGUCUCAUCCUCUGAUAGCCAUAGUGACAGUGAGGAGGAGGCAGAAUACCACCCACAGACCAAGGAAGGAGAAAAUAUAAAGAGAGACCAAAAUGAAUUUAAGACACUGACUACAGUAGCAAUGGAUUUUAAGAAUUCAGUAACAAAUACUGAAGAAGUGCAUUUUCCUGCUACUGUGAUACAUAAAAUGCAGGAUGUUCUGGAAGAAGAUUUGCAAGAAAUGCAAAAUGGAAAAUUGCAGGAAGCAAUGCACAAGCAAGAUCAAGAAGAUACCAAACCCAAACUAAAUGGAGAUGUUUCCUAUAUUGAUAGUGAUGCUAUGCCAGGAGUUGUUUGUUACUCAGAGCCUCCUGUAGUAAAGACCGAAAUGGUGACAAUCUCUGAUACUGAGAGUCCCGACAAGACUGAAAUUACGACAAAAGAAGUUCCAAUUGUUCAAACAGAAACUAAAACCAUUACAUAUGAAGCUGCGCAGGGUGAUGGCAGUGGAGACAAUGAUCCUGGUGUCCUGAUGAGUGCUCAGACAAUAACUUCUGAAUCUUUCUGCACAACCAUGACGACCCAGAUUACCAAGACUGUUAAAGCUGGAGUUUCUGAAACGAGAAUUGAAAAGCGAAUUGUCAUCACAGGCGAUACAGACAUAGACCAUGAUAAGGCCUUAGCCCAGGCAAUAAAAGAAGCCAAAGAGCAACACCCAGACAUGUCAGUCACCAGGGUAGUGGUACAUAAAGAAACAGAGCUCACAGAGGACGGGGAGGAUUAAGUUAAGAAAUGAAUAUUGGCUGAACUGAAUGUAGGAUUUGAACUUUAGAGUGACCACUGCCAUGAUCAAUGAAGAAAAGCCUUGGAGCAUUGGAAAAUUAUCUAUGUUACAGACAUCCAUAGUGUGAAUAUUUGAAGAUGUUAAAGACCUGCAGAAACUCAUCAUUGGGUUUAGACAUUUAAAAGUUACCUAAUAAUUUUACCAUUCAUUCUUUACUAAUUUGUUGGCUCAUUAAAAUGUACCACAUUUACACACUGUUAAUAU